AUGGCCGACCUCAAGCCCAUGACCCUCCACUCCCACGCGGCCGGCCCCAACCCGUGGAAAGUCGCCCUCAUCCUCGAGGAGCUCGGCCUCCCCUACAAGAACGAGUUCCUCGACUUCAAGCAAGUCAAGCAGGAGCCCUUCAUCUCGCUCAACCCCAACGGCCGCGUCCCCGCCCUCGAGGACCCCAACACGGACAUUACCCUCUGGGAGUCCGGCGCCAUCAUCGACUACCUCGUCGACACGUACGACACGGCCAACAAGCUGCAGUACGCGAGCACGCGGGAAAAGUACCAGACCCGCGUGUGGGCGCACUUCCAGAUGUCGGGCCAGGGCCCGUACUUCGGCCAGCUCAUCUGGUUCUCGCGGUACCACCCGGAGAAGAUCCAGUCCGCCGUGGACCGGUACGCCAGCGAGGUCCGCCGCGUGACGGGCGUCAUCGACGCGCACCUCAAGAAGCACAAGACGGCGUACCUGGUCGGCGACAAGGUGACGUACGCCGACCUCAUGUUCGUCCCGUGGGCCGUGGCCGUGUCCAGCAUCGCCGGCGACCUGCUGGACCUGUCGGGCUUUGACGCCUACGACGCCUGGAUGGACAAGUUGAAGGGCCGGCCGUCGACGGCAAAGAUCCUCAAGGAGCGGGAGGCGGCCAUGGCUGCUGGCCACUAG